AUGGCACAGGUUCAACAAGUGCCUCCGUCACCACUCAACGGUCACUCGGAAAAGAAUGGGAACGGAAUGAGCAUCGAGGAAGCUGCUACGUCAUCAUCCACCGCUUCUGGAGCCCUAACACAUCUUCAAAACGGAGUGAUGUUUCACACGACGCCUACAAAAGAUUUGAAUGGAGCGUCGACGUCGUUGAUGGUUGAAGCCGACGAUCUUCAGUUGUCACCUGGAGACUUGAGACGGAGGAGUACACGAGCGUCGGCGUUGAAAGCACAGGAAAAGAUCAAAUUGAAAGAUGAUAUCGUACAGGGACCACUGAAACGGGUGAACGAGGAGAAUGAGGAUGGAGAAGGAGGAGAAGAGGGGGCUGGGGGAGGAUCAGGAGAGAAAACAGAAGUAAAACCGAAGAAAAGAAGGUUAGAAAAUGGUCAAGAAUUCGAUCAGACGUGUUUCCGAUUUGGAUUACGAGCCAACGACGACGGUGAAGUCUAUGCGAUGACUGACGAGAGCGAGAAUUCAUCGAUUCAUGAGUCGGAAAUGGAAGUGGUACGACAUCACUACGAGAAGAUGAAGAAUCGAGAACCAGAUGCGGAGCAGUUGAAAGAACGGCUGAAAAUGAGAAAAGAAGCUGAGCAACUGUUACGAGAUGAGGAAGCCAAGCUGCAUGUGUUGAAGAGGAUGCGAGAGAGUCAAUCCAGGGCGAUUAAUAAGCUCGCCGCCGAAACGAAACAAUUGGAUAUGGAAGAAGCGGCGAAGACAGCGGCUGCAGCUCAUAAACCAGCACUAGCCCAGAAGCUAUCAGCCAACGGAAAGAACAUUGCUCAGCAGAAUGCGAGUAAAACAAUGGCGAGCCUUGCCAAUUUGACAGUACAACAACAGCUGGAUCUUCUCGGAAAACUGGCUGGACAAACGCCCGCAGCGAAACAAGCCUAUCUACUGGCGAAAAAGAAUCCAGCUCAGACGACGCAACUAUUCGCGCAGCUGAUAUCAAUGAACACGAAACAGAUUCAACAACAAAAAGAAGCGGCAGAGCAGGCGGCAGCUUCAUCGUCGACGUCAUCUGUGAAUCUACAACAACAACAAUCGAUUCCACAACAGCAACAUGUACAAAUCACUCAAUCCCAAAAGAUGACAAAUAAUCAACACACGCCCGCUCAACGAAUCGCUGCCGCCCGUAUUUCGUUCCGCGCUCAGGCUGAUAAGUCGUUGAUGAACAUGGCGACGCCCAGAGCCCAACCUCAUGAUAUCUGGUUUUUGCCAAAUCCAAAUGCAUCGGCUUUCAUGGCAUUGAACGGGUUGGAUCUGGUUGUUUCGGCUGUUUGUAAGGAUCGCACUGCUGAGAAGAAAUACGCGGGACCAGCGUACGAAUGCGAGGAGUGCAAAACGGAUUGGGCUCACACGUGGAAGAUGAUGGGUUCCGGAGACGACGUUCAUUUGUACUGCUCGGAAUGUGUCAGUACUGCACAAAAGAAGAAGAAUCGAAUGGAUCAGACGGCCCUUCUGAAGCGGGCAUUCCAGAAGAUUACACUUCAAGAAAAGGAAUUCGAGAAGCGAAUCGCCGAGGGACAACUGGAACAGAUGGUCGAGGCGAAAGCGGCCGCCGUCUCGUCGUCUAAUCAUUCGACGCAACAAAUUCCAACGUCAUCCACAGCUACGGUAUCAUCAACACCACUUGGACCACGACUACCACAAUCGGCAUCUGGAACAAGCACGCCUACGCAGGCUAUGAAGUCGUCGACACCGCUUUCAUCUGCAGCGAAAUCAAGCAGUUCGGCUGCGAAGAAGUCGAUGACACCACAACAGCAAGCGGCGGCGAUGAUGAAUCAGUUAAUGCAGAAUUCGAUGAAGAAUCCAAUGAUGCAGCAAAUGAUGCAGAUGUAUAUGGCUCAGCAACUGAAUGCGGUGACGGCUGGAGGACGAAAUGUGGCUGGAAAUAAUGGGAUGAAUAAUCAAAUGGCACUAAUCAUGGCGCAAGCGCAGGCUCUUCAAGCACAAGCUCUUCAGGCUCAAGCUGCACAACAGGCUCAGGCCGCACAGCAGGCCGCUCAACGAGCCGAAGCAGCGGAACGAGCCAAAAAGGCACAACAAGAGCAGCAGGCGGCAGUGGCCCAGCAACAUCAGACAGCCAUGCUUUUGGCCCUACUCGCUAAUUCGAACGGAAUGAAUCCUCAAGCAGUUCAACAAAUCAAAAACCUGACGCCCGCGCAGCAAAAGAUGAUAGUGGAAACGCUCAAGAAUCAACAGAGAAAAUGA